CUAUAGGAAAAAUUCGGGGGUCUCGUCUCUUAAAUAGCUUUACAGUGUUAAAAGACGCGUACAAUUUCAAAGUUUGAACAAGUUGAAAGUUCGCACGUUGCUCGGAAAUGAUGUACAAGUGUGCAUUGCGCGUCUCACGCACCGUGGCGCCGCGAGGAAUUAUGGGUUGCCCUGUUAUUAAAAGUAGAGUCCGAUAACAUUGUACCAAUUCCGAGAUAACAGCUCACUGGAACCUUUAUAAAGCGAAACGCCGUCGGAGGAUUUUCAGGCUAGCGGUCAAUGGGCAAGAGCGUCUUAUUUCUUUCCCGUACUCCCGUCAUUAACUGGGACAUAUUAUACGACUUUUUUUGUCAUCCAAUUUCUAGAACUUUUUCUUAUCAGCUGACUAUUGAUACUACUACUUUUUCAAAAGUCGUACAGACUUACCAGUUGAUCUAAUACAUUGAAGAAAACUCUCGAAAGAAGUUUCGGGUACAUCGUACAAGCCAGCUAUUAGACCGCACACAUGGCGUCGGUUUCAACGACUCAGAGCUUGGUCGUCCUCGCUGUGGUGACCCUAGCGGUUGGCACUUGGGCAAAUCUACUCAACGAGGACUUGCCAGCUGGGACCUGUGUGUGCAGCACGGCUGACACUGCCCUCAACAAAAGACCUGGCUUUGUGCAUCCUGCAGUCAUGUACCUACUUCACGACAAGUGUUUGCUCACCCACGGAAACAAGACGGAGAUCUGGGGUGACGCUUGGUACACAAUAGAAGUCGAUGAGGUGCUCUGGGGUGCAGGCAAGACUCUGGCUAAAGGAGCCAUCAGACAAGGAGUAUGCGGUCUGCCCUCCUGAUGGACACCACAGAUGAAAAGUUUGCAAGUUCAAGGCCAUGUGUGUCCUCCGAGCUGUUUUCAUCCCCCAAGAAAGAACAUAACUCAGAAUGUUCACGUUGUUAUACCACAGUUGAAAUCAUUGCAAUAUUGUUGACAUGAAUUGAUGACAAAUAAACUUCAUAACCAUUCUAA